AUGCCGUCAAGUCCGCUACGAGACCUUCACAAGUCCGAGAACCCUGAUCGGGUAACCCAUGAAAUCAUCCUCGUGCAUGGUUUCAAAUCCUGUUUAGGAUCAAAAUCACGAUCCACAGAGUGCCGGCGGAUCCUCAAGUCCUGGAUUACCAGUGAGAUUGAGCCAAUCAGCAGCUGCGUGAAUGUCCGUACAUUCUCUUUCGACAGCGAACAUAUCCUACACAAUGGAAGGACUGCCCUGUACAGAUCUGCGCUUGAGCUAUCCGAUAGUCUAACAGCUACGAAAGACUCCACAUCGCCCCUAUUCUGUUCUACUGCAAAUGGGCAUCAUGGUCGCUCAUCAAGGGCCGCCAUAUUUAUCGCCCAUGGCAUGGGAAUGUGGGUGGUAAAGGAGGCAUUGAAAAUCGUCAGUACCCAGACUAACCGGAUUGACCCUACUGGGCUCUUUUCCUUCGACAUACCAGAAGCUCUAGUAGCCCCGAACCCCAUAGUUAACAUUUCUACUCGCCCGGUUAUAUCUCAAUAUCUACAUGAAUUCUCGAAGACAUUCAAAAUUGAGAUGAAUCAAGAGAAACUACAAGGUCUUCAAUUUAAAAUUGAAGACAUCGAUGCCAAUUUCCAUAGAUUGACAACGACCCUCUACGGACGGUGCGAGGAAAUCAGAGGACAGAAUAGUGGGGACUUCUCAUAUACGGCGAGAUCAAUGUGCCAUAAUAUAUGGAUGUCAUCGACACCUGCUCUGACUUUCAAAAAGCAAACCAUGAAAAGGUUCUCCCAACAAAUUACUGGUUUACUCAGAGGCUGUAAAUUACAGGCUGAAACCCCGAUACAAAAGCUCGGAGAUUUAGGAUUAGGGGAGGAGCUUCACGCAGCCAUCUCAUCGCGAGGAAUUCACAGCCCAAGGCAAGAGCUCCGGACUCCCGCAGAGGUACCAAACUUGCCAGUAGAGGCUCCCGAAGGCUCUGGUUGUCCAAAGAGCAACUCGGUAAAUGCCAGCACGUCUUCGGGUAAUACCGCGAAUGAUUCAACAAGUGGACAGAAAACUAGCGUCUGUACAGGUGCUAGCACGACCAACAACAAGCCUUCUUCCUCUUCCAAGAAGGCAGAUUCCUGCGAAGCCAAAAAGGGACCAUGCCAUUGCCCAAAGAAACGCAAACCGGAAAAUACUAGCACUUCUUCGGGCGGACCUAUUGAAAGCCCCUCUUGCAGCAAGGAAGAGGGCAGCUCCGCAGGUGUUAGCACAACCCCUCAUACUUCUCAUGGUUCUGAAAAGGGGCGUUCUGUUGAGAUUCACGAGGCCCCUACUAGUUGUCACAAGAGUGAUAAAAAAGAUGCCAGCACCACACCGAGAAAUCCUACCGGUUGCUCGAAGAAAGGAGAACCAACUAGCGCCGAUAAAUCCUCACAUUGCACCAAGAAUGAGGAGUUGAAGGCGAUUAAUGGGUCUAUCGGUGAUUCUAAGAACGAUCCUGGUGUGGAUGUCGGGACACCGUGUCCAGGUGGCGAGACGGCGAAAGGUAAAGAAAAAGAACAUGUUCCCCUACUGAACAUGUCUCCGGUGUACUUACCAGACUUAACUGGACCGCUUUCAGGGAUCUUUGGGCGCGACCAGGGUGAAUGUGGUGGCGAAAGUAGCCGUUCCAAUGAUCCCGACAAGAUCGAUGAUGAAUUCGAUUUCGACAAUAUCAUUGCUCAGAGGAAUAUAGCCGCAGCAGAGGACGACGAAGAAGCGUUGCGCUCUGCAGUACAAAAGUUGGAAAUCCUGAAAUUCCACCAGAAAGAAAAUUUCGAAAAGGGCGACCAUAGAACCCUAAUUACGGAACGAGAGAUUGUGAAAACAAGCAUCGAAUAUGGGUGGUGGAAUGGAAAUGUCAUGAAAAUUUGGGAGGAGCGUGACAUUUUAGAAAUGGAAGAUCAGGUCCGCAAGGUGUACGAAGGAUUGAAACAGUCUCUAGGUCCUCACCACCGCGAGACGAUAGAGACUCUGACCUUGUUAUUAGCCUUAGGGAUCUCAGGGCUUGAAGUCAACGAGCUGCCUACCACGGAAAUCCAAGCCAUCUGUCAUAUGGUGAAGCAGAAACAGGCGUUAACCCACGAAGAAGCGAAGAACCCAAGAAUACUUCUACAAGUAUUGGCGCUUGAAUACAAGGCCGCGCAUGGGAGACUGGCACGCCCCUAG